AGAAUCGCCGCCGCAGCGGAAGCGGGCUGCCUCCGCCGGGGCGCGGCCGCAGCACCUAGCACCGUCGACGCGCCCGGAACGCGCCCCCGCGCCGCUCCGGAACGGCCGCCCGGGCCCACGACCCCGAAGCAGCGCGCCGAUGGCCGCCGCACCGCCGCCGCCGCGCGCGGCGCCCCCUUCACAAAAGAAGGAGCGCGCCGCGACGCACGGCGUCCGCUUCUGGAUGAAGAAGCUGCCCGGCUGGAAGGGCCACCACAAAUUUUAUAUCGGACUCAUAUCCCUAUUAGCCGUGACGGUCUGGCUGAUUAUCGCUUUGUUUGUCUGGGGAGUCGAGUUCCCGGAGGACAUCGUGGGCUGCGCCGCCGUCGUCUUCGAGGUCACGUUGAAAGUGGGGCUCUUCGCGUUCAUUUUUCAGCGGUACGUGGCCGGCGAGGGCCCGGUGGUCGCGCCGACGGACCCCGAGGGGCGCGUGGGGAAAGCCCGGAACCUGCACGCGUGGUCGCGGUCCGUCUUCGACCUCGACCAGGACGAGGUGCGGGCGAAGGCUGGAGUGGAUGGCGCGCUGCACGUCAGACGGGUGCGCAUGCGCCUGGCCUGCUUGGAGAUCUGGGCGCUCCUCGCGUUUCCUCUAGCGGUGGUCUUCGCGCUCGACCCGGCGCGGUGCGUUUACGAAGACGAAACGACGAACAGAGAUUCGUACGCGAAGGCCUCCGCGGGCUGCCCCACGAACUGCGGGGCGCUCUGCUACACGUUCCGAAUCACGCCGGAUAAAGGUCAGUGGGCGGGCGAGGUCGGCGCGGACGACGCGCCGGAGAACACGGACAACUGCGGGUCGGACAAGUCGGAACGACAGUACAUCUAUAGAUACGACGACGGCGACGAGUUCGCAUCUACCAACGACUGGGGCGACGACUACAGCGGCAACGCCGAGUUCGUCCGGGGCGUCUGGUGCCCCUGCGUCGCCAAGCGCGCGGGCUGGCGCCGGGCCCGCUCGCCGGGGUUCGACCGGAUCCACAUCACGAACGUGUUCUGUCGGGCGGGCAGCACGGCCGUCUGGCAGCUCUGGGCGGCCGUGCUCGUGCUGUGGCUCGGGCACUGGGCCGCCUACCGGAUCAUCGACGCGCACGACCUCGAGGCCCAGGAGAUCAUCCGGGAGGCCGCCGAUAGCGCGCCGGCGAACCACUACGCGGUGGUGUGCACGGGCCUCCCCGAGGAAUUGCGGGACCCGGUCGACGUGAGGACGUUCUUCGAGAGCGUGUUCCAGGUGCCCGGAAGCGUCGUGGCGGUCGUGCCGUGCCGCCACCUCGACGCGGAGACGCGCGCCGUCCAGGACGAGGAGGCUCCGGGGGGCGAGGCCCGGGCCGCCGUCGCCGCGCAGGAGGACAAGAUCGCGCGGCUGAAGGCGACGGGCGCGUCCGCGCAUGCGAUCAAGGCGGCCGAGGACCGCCACCGGACGCUCAUGGAGACCGUCGUCAGGGAGGUCGGGGCCCUGAGCUGGUACCUCACCGGCGACGGCGGGCUGCGGGGCCGCGUGCGCAAGUUCAUCGACGAACUGAAGGAGAUCGAGCGCGCGCGGUGGCGCGAGGAGCUGCAGCGGCGGUGGGACAGCGGCGAGAAGAAGAAGAUCCAGCAGGGCUGCGCCAAGUGCAUCGACGGGUGCAUCUGCUGCUGUUCGUUUGUGGAGCAUUCCGUCGAGGACGAGGCCGCGGACCCGGCGGACGCCAUUAGAAGGGCCGAGGCGGCGCGCCUGAAGCUCAUCGAGCACGCCGGCGAGGCGGCGCCGCGGGGCGGCUCCGCGGUCGUCGUCUUCAACUCGCUGGAGCUGGCCCAGUGCGCCACGAACUGCCCCCUGGGCGCGACGAACGACCCCAUCGAGGUGCCGCAGACGUACCGGCCGCCCAAGCUCCACCACAAGCCGACGCGGUUCGACCCGCUCUUCGUCCUGCUCGAGAAGGCGGGCUACUACCUCACGGGGCUCAAGGGGUGCCUGCACCGCCACCGCGAGCCCGUCCCGAUGGAGCUGACGCCCCUGCCGGAGCCGCGCGACGUCGACUGGGCCGAGCUCGAGACGCUGGACAGCGAGCACGGCGAGAAGGCCGACCGCGCGUCGGCCGGCCGCUUCAUCAAGAUCUGCUGCUGGUUCGGCUACUCCGUGCUCAUCAUGGUCUUCACGGCCGAGUGGGAGGACAUCUGUUUGAAGCGGGCGCAGCGGCCGUCGGGCGUCCGGCGGAACUUUGCGAUUUUUUGGGAGUUGUUGGGGGGUCUCGUGCCGGCCUACUUCCAGGACUGGCUCUUCGAUUAUGUGGCCGUCAUCCUGCGGGCGACGAACCGCAUGUUCUCGUCGCUGUGGAGCGAGUCGUCGCUGCAGAUGGCGGUCGCGCGGGACUACAGCAUCUUCUUCUGGAUCGUGGCUUUUGGAGCUUACCUUGUCGGCCAGUGCUGGGAGGCCAUCGAGGACCAGGCGUGGGUCUGCAACACCGUCGGCGGCUGCAGCAAGGACGACGAGAAGCAAUACGGCGAGGACGCCGAGGCGUACCGCCAGCGCAUCUACAACGCGAAGAACGACGGCUGGAGCUUCGACGCGGGCACGGCGGUCAAGCUGAUGAUCCGGGAGCUGCCGCGGCAGGCCUGGCCCUUCUCGGCCUUAUUUUUACUCCAGAUCGGCGACAUGGUCGCCGAGGCCUUGAGGGUGGAGCCCUACGUCACGUGGCGGCUCCUGCAGCAGGCCUGGAUCGCGUCGGACGCGCAGGUCGAGGAGACCUUGGAAGCGGACGACGCCGACCUGGGCUCGACAGCGGGCUGGGAGGCGUUCGCGCUACUGGUGGGGGCCUGCUUCGCGGCGGUCGCGCCCGUGACGUGCUGCGUCUGCUACCUCUACUUCAUCGCGGCCUACGAGGUCGCGAAGCACACGCUGUGCUGCCUGGAGGAGAUGCCCUUUGAUACGGGGGGCCACCUCUGGUUUUUUGGAGUCAUUCAAACGUACCACGCGUUGCUCAUCGCGCUGGUCAUGCAGCUGGCCAUCAUCCUGAUCAACGAGUCGAACUACGGGGUCUGGCCGGCGAUCGGCGGGCUGCCGAUCGCGAUGCUCUGGAAGCGGUACUACGACGUCGCGCAGCUCCGGCAUGCGACGCGGAACCUCCACGGCCUGAGCCGGGGGCGCAUGCCGCUGCGGGACUGCGCCGUCGUCGACGCGCGGCGCGAUUCCACGGUCGUCAGGGACGCGCUGAAGCACCUCGCGGACGCGGACCGCUUCUUCGAGGCGCCCGAGGUCCUGCCGCCGUCGGAUCAUCCCUCGUAUACUGAUGCUAUACCGGGGCCGCCCAUCUCCGAUGCGACCGACGUCGCGGCGCGACUGGAGGCGAUCGACGACUGGCUCGGGCGCCACGACGACGCCGCGGCCGCGUUCCUGGAGCGCGUGAACGUCCGGGGCCCGGGCGUGGCCAAGGCCCCGUCCGUUUUUGGUCUGGGCGCCGGCGUCGUCGGCGUCCCCGAGGGGGACGUCGCCGUCGUCGACGACGUCGCGUGCGGCGCGCUGGGCUGCGGCCUCGCGGACUAAUUCCGACCACCCUUCCCCUCCCCGCCCCCGAAGUAAACCUAAUUAGCAGUAGGACACGG